GCGGGAGGAGAGCAGAAGUGAAAGUAACUUAUGUGGGUCUGAUGGUUCCAGCUCGCAGUCACAGGGCACUAUGAGAUGGGACAGAAAGGGGAAGUGAACUGUGAUGCUGAAGUGAUCGCUGGGAUGAGAGCUAUGAAAGUCGGUGUGCGGCGGCGGCAGCGGCAUCAUUACGUGCAACGCAAGGCUUCCCUCACACCGAGCAGCAGCAUCCCCCCCAUAAGCGCUCUACAAGCUGCGCCGGGCAGCAAAUCGUUUGUGUGAGUGUUUGCGCUGCGCCGACGUCGGACUUUUGCCAAGAUAAAGAGCAUCGCAAGGGAAGCAAGUGCGCCCAAUGCCUUGCUGGUGCCUGCACGGAGCGGCAUUCCUGCCCUCAAUUUUAGUCAUCUGGUCCUCUGCUGGCUUUCUCUUCUCCUAUAUCAUCUCGGUGCUGAUUGGACAUGUGCCGCCAUUUGUCCCCUAUAUAAGUGACACAGGUACAUCGCCUCCUGAAAGUGGAGUUUUUGGUUUUAUGAUCAGUCUGUCUGCCAUGUUGGGGGCAGCUACAAUGUAUACCAGAUAUAAGAUAUUAGAGAAGCAAAAUCACUCCACUGAUUUUCUGCCUUAUUACUUCAAUAAGACUUCAUUAGCCAUUGGAUUGUUAGGCUGCAUCGGCAUGGGAAUUGUUGCUACUUUUCAGGAGAUGGCAGUCCCUGCUGUGCAUGAUGCGGGGGCACUUAUAACAUUCAUCUGUGGGGUGCUCUAUAUUUUAUUACAGUCCUAUAUCUCCUACAAGUCCUGCCCGGCUUGGAACACGAGAGUCACCUGUCAUAUAAGAAUGGCUAUUUCUGUGAUAGCAUUUAUUGCUGUGGUACCCAUGAUUGCCUGCUCAUUACAAACUGGCACAACCAAACUUUACUGGAAACCAAGUGAUGAGGGAUAUCACUAUCACCUAACAAGUGCCAUCUGUGAAUGGAUAGUUGCAUUCGGAUUUAAUAUGUACUUCCUUACAUUCAUCAGAGAUUUUCAGGGUGUAAGUAUACAAAUUUCAACAGAAAUACACGAAGACUUUUGACAACAGGCCAGCAUCUGGGCAUAGAGAGAAAAUCAUUUUUUGAAGAUCUUGCAAAGCCAGGACAAUGUGAUCAAGCCUCAAUUUUAAUGCAAAUGGUUAAAAGGCCAUGAACUUGGAUAUUUAUACCACUAACCAAAUACAUCAAGUAGUUUUUAACAGUCUCAAUGUCCAUUGCAGGUAAUAGGUGCCAUUUACGUUUCCCCGAAGCAUAAGUGCAAGAGCACUAAGGGGUGCAAGAGCAGACCUCUUAGCGCUCAUUUAGGCAGCAUUUCACUGUGGAGAAAAGAUCUGGUGUGAGGUGCACAGCGUCAGAGGGUGCGGGCCAGCCCUGACCUUAAUACCUGCCAUAGGGUAGGUGGUAAGAUCAGGGCUUGUUGUGGCAAGCGAUAUCGCCUGCUCCCUAAAUUGCACCUACAUGUAACUGCCCACCUAGCCCUCAAUGAAUAGAGCACUGCUGAACUCAGGCAGCACUCAUUCAAGGGGGUAGCCACUGCUCUCUGAAGCCAGUAGAAAACAUUUUUGCACACUGCAUUUCAUGCUGUAAAUUACCUUUUAUAUCUUUUAAAAUUGUAGAAAAUAUAGAAAAAUAUGGCAGAUAUGUUUCAAAAUCAUAAAAUAGCAGAAAUAAUAUAAAAACCUUUAUUACUAUACAUUAAAAAGUCAAUAGUAGGGACUAUCAGAGCCUUUUGUGCUGUAACCAGGGCUGUAUUUACCAUAUAGGUACUUGAGGGCCCAUGCCUACGGAAGCAGCUAUAGGGGGGUGCCCCACAGGUGCCUUUAUGGAAAAUAAAAAGCAUGGGAAAAAGAUAUCUACCUAGCCUGCUGUUAAAAAUCAGGAGCCAAAUCUUAGGGGUUGGGGGUACCAGGAGCCUCCCCGGUCAGCACAUGGGUAGUACAGCGUGACUGUCUGCACAUGCACCAAUCAGAGGCUGAGGUGACGUGAGGCGCAAAGGACCAAAAGUCAGCCCUGGCUGCAACCAGAGUAAGAGCUACUAAGCGCAAUGUUAUUGGUUGCCACAUUGCCUUUACAUUUUUUCUGUGUCCUUUUUCACAUUUGUAACAGUAUUUUUUUAAUAUAUUAGUCUCAUUAAUAUAUAUAUAUAUAUAUCUACAGCACAUCUGUAUUUCACUUGCUUGGUAGCGUUGGGAUAUUUUAUGUAUAACAAAUAACUUCAAGCUCUUUCCCAUCCUAAUUAAAUAUUGUAUAGAAAUCUCAAACUUAAAGGGAUAUUGUACUGUAUUGCUCCAUGCUGUAUUUUAUCCUCACUGUCCCAUAGUCAUGUUAAGCCUCUAACUGCAGCACAGCCUGAGAGGAAAGGCAGAAUCUAUUGCUGUAGGGGAAGACUGCUUCUUGCUUCUUUUCUACUGAGGUGCUUACUAGGUUAGAGAUAACAUGGCAGCUGCUUAGACACUACUCAGUGAACGACUGUCGCUCCAUGACUAUAAUAAUGGCAUCUAACAAUGGCAUGGAGUGUGGAGUUCACCACAAAAGUACAACUUUGUCAUUUUUAUAUUGUGAGUUUUCCAUGCAAUGGCACAUUUUAUAAUCUCCCAGAGAUGGCUGGACCAUCACAAUGCACACCUAGAAGAAUUCAGCACCAUGUUUUUCUCAGGUUCACUUACCCUCAUGCACAGGGCACUAGUUCUCAAUGCUGUACACAUGAAUGACAUUCGUUUGCUGGAAUUGUGAAGAAUCCAACAGUAUGAACAGAUUUAUAAGGAUGGAAACAACACAUUUGGAGCCUGCUUACCAUUUUAUAACAGAAAAUGAAAAUAAAAUGUAUUUUGUUGUUU